AUGACACUGUUGAAUCGCGACAGUCGUGGGGCUGGAGCUGUGCCCUAUAACGGGGAUGGCUGUCAGCGGCGCAACGUCGAACGGGCAGCACGGGCGAAGAGGGUCGGGAUGCCGCGACGGGGAGGAGGAGAGAAGGAGGUGCAGGAGGGGAGCAGCGACGGCAUGGGAGAGGCGGUACCAGGGUGGGUGGUGUGGGGGCUGCGGAAGAGGCGGCGCGGAUGGCGGGAAGGGAUGAUGACUGGAGUGAGGGAAGGAUGGGGAAGAAGGGAAGUGAGUGAGGGGGAUGGGGAGGAGAAAGGAGAGGAAGGGCAAUGGAGGGGAGAGGAGGAGGAGGGGGGCAUGUGGGAAAGGAGAGCAGGGAAGCAGGAGGCAGGCGUGCGUGUGGAGGGCACAGGGCGUGUCGGUGCGAGUGACGUGGAGGCCGAGGGCGGUGCGAGUGACGUGGAGGCCGAGGGCGGUGCGCAUGGGCGCAUGACAAGUGGAAGUGCGAGCAGCGGCGAGGGUCGAGCGGCGAGCAGCGAGGGGACAGGGAUGAGCGGCGAUGGGGAGGGAAGGGUAGCGUGGGCGAGUGAGAGUGGGAGCAGUGGGGGAGUGGCGGAGAGGGAGGCAGUGAGCGGCGUGGGUGGAGGCGACGAGUGGCCGCGCAGCACGGUGGGAGGGGACGCCCCCCACCUCUGCCAAGCAGCGGCGGGCCGGCGGGUGACGGCAGAGCAGGUGGUGAGUGGCUGUGAACCCGCGUGCUCUUUCCAUGCCAGCCUGCCGUCCGCUGCUUGCGCUGGCCACGGCGGCACGACGCUGUUUGUCAAGGGGCCUGCUGGGAGGAGCGCGGUGGAGACGGGUACAAGAGCAGCAGAAGGGGAGGGAGUGACAAUAUCAGAAAGAGCGGACUGGGGGGCAAAUGAAACGGAGAGGGGAGAUAAGACAGUGUCUUUGAAUAUGCUUAUAGGGAGGGGAACGCCGGAGAAGACGAGGAAAGAGGAAAUCGGUGUGGGCGUGAUGCUACCAGGGAAGAAGGAUGGGUGGGCUGCUGACGGGGAGAGGGGCGAUAAAGUGGUGUCUGUGAACGUGCUUAUAGGGAGGGGAACGCUAGGAAGGGCUAGGAAGGACAGGGGAAGAGAGCGAGGGAGCAUUAGUGGGAAGGAGUGGGAGGGUUCAGAGGGCAAGGGAGGCAAAGUAGUAUCCAUGAACGUGCUUGUAGGGCGGGGGAUAGAGGAGAAAGGAAGGAUGGAGGCGAGCACGUGGAAGGAGGGCACCCGCGCAGAGGGGGGCAACCAGCUGGAUGGUGUGGGCUGCAAUGGGGAUACAGGCGGUGGGGACACAGGCGGUGGGGGCACAGGCGGUGAGGGCACAGGCGGUGAGGGCACAGGCGGUGAGGGCACAGGCGGUGAGGGCACAGGCGGUGAGGGCACAGGCGAUGAGGGUAGGUGGGAAGGCAGCGAGGCGACGAGGCAUGGGUGGCAGGAUGGCGUGGGUGGUGGGUCCCUGGCGCGCACUGGCGCUGACACGUGUGGCGGAGGGGCCUUCCGGAGUGCGCUUGACAUGCUGGGCGCGGGGCAGGGCGGGGAGGACGAGAGAGGGAGAGAUGGGGAUGGAUUUAGAGGCAGUGAGGGGGAAAGGGAUGGAGGGUGGGGUGGAAAGAGUGAGUGGAAGGAGGGAGAGGAGGGUGUGGGCGGAGAUAGGGGAAGAGAGCAAGGCAGAGGAGUGGGCAGCGAGGGGGAUGGAGAAUGUGAGGCAGGAAGGGACAUGGGGGACGAGGUGGUGGUGGUGCGCACGAGGGGCGAGGGGGAGAUGGAAAGAGAAGGGUGCAGGGAGAGAGUCGAGGAGAGUGAGGUUGCUGUGCGAGAAUGUGGAGGUUUGAGGUGGAAGAGGGAGGGGGAGACUGCAAGAGAAACCGCAGGGGGAGCAAGAGCAGCAGAGGGGGGAGCAGAAGGUGCGGAAACAGUGAGGCAGUGGGGGUAUGCAGCGGAGCAGCGGCAAGCACGCGUGGGCACGAGAGCAGCAGGCAACGAGUCGCCAGCACCGCUGACAGCUGGCGGGUCUACAGCUGCACAUGCGUUGGUGGGUGCAUCCACACCAGCCGGCAUGGCGCCCCUCCCCCCUCAGGGCCCGUCCAUGACUGGCGGUGCUCCACCAGGCAUCCCUCUGCACGCACACUCCACCGCCACCCACCCCACGCUGCCCCCUCGCCCUCCACCUCCUGCUGCUGCCUCCCCCCUUUCACUCCUCCGCCUGCCCCCCUUACCUCAGGCCCAGCCUCAGGCCGCCACUCGCCUGCAGGCUGCCAGAGUGCCGUGCACGGGCAGCCAGCCAUCGCACCCUGCUGCCCCGCCCCCUCACUCCCACGCCGCGCCUCUGCUCUGCCCGCUUCCACCUCAUGCUCCCACACCCCCACUCCUCACCCUUCCCACGCCGCGUCCGGAUUGCACGCCCUCGAUUACCACUUGGACUCCCCUGCCACCCCAACCCACGCUUCAUGAGAUUGCCACUUCUCCCUCCUCGCCACCGCAAGCCAUGAAAUCCUCCAAACAUGUAGGCCUGGAGGGCACUGCCUCGUUUGGGCAGCGCCUGGUGGUGCUGGCUCUGCCUGCUCCUGUGCACGUGGGAGUUGAUGUGAAGGGGGCGAGGAGGGGGAGGGUGGAGGGUGGCAGGGCGGUAGGAGCAGUAGUGGAAGAGGGAGAGAGGGCAGGGCGAGGUGAGAGGAGAGCGAGGGGUGAGAAGGCGGUGGGAGGAACAGUUGGAAGGAGAGGAAGGGAAGUGAGGGAGCGAGGGGGGUGGGAAGAGGUGCGAGUGCAGGUGCAGGAGAGGGUGGGGCAGGCAGAGGUCGAGGUGAGGAGAGGGAAGAGGCGUGCGGAGAAGGGGGUGGAGAGGGGGCGAUGGGGAGGGGAGGGGUGGGCGAUGAAGCGAGGGCGAGUGGCGCGAAGCAAGCCCGCCAAGGCGGGCGUGGCCAGUCGUGGGGACGGUGGGCACUCCAUGCGGCCCGCUGCUGCCCCGCGCUCAGAAGGUGCUGCUGCCUCGUGGCCGGGGCUGCUCUGUGCUGGUGCCCGGCAAACAGGCAGCGUGGACGGCAGUGAGAAGGGCAAUGAGGAGGAGAGUGAGGAGGGCCGUGAGGAGGAGGGUGAGGAGGGCAGUGAGGGUAGUGAGGACGGAGGUGAGGGGAGUGAGGAGGGCAGUGAGGGGAGUGAGGAGGGAAGUGGGGAGGACCGUGAAGAGGGAAGUGGGGAGAGUUCAGUUAGUGGGGAGGGCCCCCGAAUAAGGAAAGUGUGGCGGCGGUCAGAGCAGGGCGGUGAGGCGGAGCAGGGAGGAAGGGCGGAGGGCGAGAGGCAGAGGGGUGUGGAGGCGGCGGUGAGGCGAGUGCGAGGAGAGCAGGCAGGGCGCAAGCACGGGCGCAGUGGGCGUGUGAUGCUGAGCGAUGCUGGUGGCAGGCGAGAGCAGCGACGGGUACACGGGGCGAGGGCAGGAGAGUGUGGGGCAGCAUGGCUUGAGCAGGGCAGCAGCAGCAGCGAUGCUUUGGGUGACAGCAGCAGUGGAGCCGCGAGUGCGAGAGCGAGUGAGAGCAGGAGUGUGAGUGAGGAGAUGCAGUCUCCCCCACACAGCAAGUGCCGCAAUGACAGCCUUGCUGCUGCACGUGCCGGGCUGGCAUGGCAAAGCGGAACACGUUCCGAAAGAGGGGGAGAAGGAGGAGUGGAAGGGGUAGUGGAGGAGAAGCAUGGGAGAGGCGCAGACGGGGGAGAGGAUGAGCGGUCGGACCAAGGAGUGAUGGCGGAGCUGGCAUCCAUCAAGGCGCGCCUGGAAGGAGCGCUGCUCUCCAAUGCAGCAGCAGGGCAAGCGCGCGUGCUGCUGUGGUACCUGGCCAGCCUCGACAUCUCCCCGCCUCUCCUCCGCCACUCCGGCCUCCUCUCCUGCAUCGCCCGCCUCGCAUUCACCUCCCACCAUUCCCACGUGCCCACGUCAUCACCAAACCUCAUGCCGUGCCACCCACCUGUUGCUGCCACCGCUGCUUCUGCGGCUGCUGCUGCGCCAUGCCAUGUGGGCGGGCAGAAGGCAGGCGAGGCAGUGCGGCAGGCGCAGCAGGGGGGCGAGCAGGUGGAUGAGAGGGUGAGGCGGCUGCUGGCGGAGCGAGCAGAGGCGCUGUGCAGGCAGUGGCGUGGGGAGGGGUGGUGA